UGUUUAUUUUCUUCUUCUUACAUGAACUCCAAAGGGUAAGCUCUAAAAGUUUCAACUUCUAAGCAAACCCAACUGCCUCAACUUUUGUAAAACAUUCAAGAGAAGAACUUUGAAGUGAUUUCAAGUUCAAAACAAUUUUGGGUAGCUAGUGUUUUUCUCAUAUCUUCAAUAGAUUUGACUAUAUUAGACAUGUCAAGUUGUGUGAAGAGAUUUGGAAGAUCAUGUGCCUCUUUGGUUUCUAAGAGAGGUUUGUCUACCUCCUGCAUUCAGAAAGAUGCUGCUGUUGUUGCUGAGAAUGGUGUUAAAUCAUUGAACCUUUAUUCUGCCAUUAAUCAAGCUCUUCAUAUUGCCUUGGACACUGAUCCUCGUGCUUAUGUUUUCGGAGAAGAUGUAGGCUUCGGUGGGGUGUUUCGUUGCACGACUGGAUUAGCAGAUCGAUUCGGUAGAAGUAGAGUUUUCAAUACUCCUCUCUGUGAGCAGGGUAUUGUUGGCUUUGGCAUUGGUCUAGCAGCUAUGGGCAAUCGAGCCAUAGCAGAAAUCCAGUUUGCAGAUUACAUUUUUCCGGCUUUUGAUCAGAUUGUCAAUGAAGCUGCUAAAUUCAGAUACCGGAGUGGAAAUCAAUUUAAUUGCGGAGGUUUAACAAUUAGAACCCCUUAUGGAGCAGUAGGCCAUGGUGGUCAUUACCACUCUCAAUCUCCUGAGGCUUUCUUCUGUCAUGUUCCUGGUAUCAAAGUGGUCAUCCCUCGAAGUCCAAAGCAAGCAAAAGGGCUAUUGUUAUCUUGUAUAAGGGAUCCGAAUCCUAUUGUAUUUUUCGAACCAAAGUGGCUUUAUCGUUUGGCUGUUGAAGACGUACCGGAGGAUGAUUACAUGCUGCCUUUAUCUGAAGCUGAGGUUAUUCGGCAAGGAUGUGAUAUUACACUUGUUGGAUGGGGAGCUCAAUUAUCUAUAAUGGAACAAGCUUGUCUUGAUGCCGAAAAAGAAGGAAUUUCUUGUGAACUGAUAGAUCUGAAGACACUAAUUCCUUGGGAUAAAGAAACAGUGGAGGCCUCAGUAAAGAAGACAGGAAGACUGCUUAUUAGUCAUGAAGCUCCGGUGACUGGAGGUUUUGGCGCUGAAAUCUCGGCUUCCAUUAUCGAACGUUGCUUCUCAAGGUUAGAGGCCCCUGUAGCAAGAGUUUGUGGUCUAGACACUCCUUUUCCUCUGGUUUUUGAACCCUUCUACAUGCCAACCAAGAAUAAGAUAUUGGAUGCAAUUAAAUCAACUGUUAACUACUAAUGUGCUUAAUCACUUUCUUCUUACCAACCAUAUGAUCUUGAUGCCAUCAUCUUAAAUAUCAUACUCGCUGUCACUGAUGCAAGAUUACAUGGACAUGGGAGGAAACUCAUUCAUUGUAGCUUUUUUUUUCUCUCAAUAUAAGGAAAAAUGUGAAGUGUCUCCAUUAUGAACAGUUAUUAGUGUCUCCUAUAUUGAUGUGUCAACAAUUAUGGUGGGGAAAUACAUCUAGUGUCCAUGUGCCAAAUUUAAUAGUUCAUAAUGAAAAUGAUGAUGAUGAUAUUUGUCCUUUUUCCUUGCUUUGGUUGUUAGGUUUCAACUUCAAACUUUAAUUGAAAUGCUUAAUUACGAUUCACCUAAAA